UGAUAGCUUCAACAAAAGCUUCGCCCAUGAAACCCUGCAAGCCAAACCCUAAGGAGACCCCCAGUGCAGAUGCCAGCUUCCCCUGCGGCAGUGAGUCAGGCUGUGAAGGGAAAGGCAGCUCUGAACGGCUGGAGAACACUGCCCGGCGCAGGCUUGCUGCCAAUGCAAGGGAAAGGAGAAGGAUGCAGGGGCUCAACACGGCCUUUGACCACCUCCGCAAAGUGGUCCCCCAAUGGGGACAAGACAAAAAGCUCUCCAAGUACGAGACUCUCCAGAUGGCGCUCAGUUACAUCAUGGCCCUGACACGGAUCCUGGCUGAAGCGGAGAGGCUCAGCGCACAGAAAGGCUGGAUUAACUUUCAUGAGGAGCACUUCCAUGCUUGCUCAGGUCAGAAGGCGGCUGUGGAGACCGAGUCCUGUGCUCCCAGACUUUUCCACUUCCAGCCUGAUCAAUUCUAAGUUGAUCAACUACAUCGCUGUGGAUCUGGGACAGGCUCGCUUUCUCACUCUUGUGAAACAUGGCAACAAGAACUGAACAGCUGCACCAGGUACUCUUGAUCUCAUUUGAUUUCAUCUUUGGAACAAAUUGAUCUAAUUCAUCUUCUUUUGGGGGAGAUAAUUUUUCCCCUUCCUACUGUUUAUCUGUUAAAUAUAUACAAUAUCUUCAGGUUGUAUCAUUUUGUCAUUAUGCAAUUUUUUUGGGGUAGUUAUACAUGUCUGACUACCAUACCUUCUGUUUUCAUGAUGAUAUGUUGAUGAAAGCAAAGCAGGAUAACAGUAACAAUAACAACAAAAUUAAUCCAGUUUUAUGUAUGGAAUGAACAAGUUUGCUUAUUGGAGAAUGUAACUGAAAUUUUAAUCAGGAUGAUUAGAUAUUCAAAUCUCCAUUAAUUCUUAAAUUGACAGUGUAUUUUAUUUUGUUUCCUCAGUAAUUGUAUAUUAUACAACAGAAAAUAGAAAUGAUAUUCUUUAGUCCGCAAAGAAGUAACUUCCUUAAACUUUGUAAGUUUGUCCGUAUAG